CAGAACGUUGCCGCUGCGCAGACGCAAAGCACGCGCCCCAAAAGCCACACACACGCACACAGAGACACCGCCACGCCCCCGCCGCCCAACCGCCCAUGCAAGCCGGCUUGCAGGAAUUUUCGAAAGAGCAUUUUUGAAAUCCCAGUUUCAACAUCAAGUUCGCUGGCAUUUUUGGAGAUCAAAUUAACAUUUCGUUACCUCAACGCAUUUUUUCUUUUGUGCAUUUUGUGUGUGCGUGAACAAUUUUAAGUGCCAACAAUUUCUGCGGAGUACAGCGUAAAUUACACGAAAAUAUUCAGGCAUCUGGGGAUCUGUGAGUCUGGCAUGGGGAUGCGACACUUGACAGCGGCCACCAGAAUGGGCGUUUUGCCAGUGGGUGUGCUGGGAUUUGUGCUCCUGCAAAUGGUGAUAUCGGUGCGGGGACACGGUCGGCUGAUGGAUCCACCGGCCAGGAAUGCCAUGUGGCGAUUUGGCUAUCCCAAUCCCGUAAAUUACAAUGAUAACGAGCUCUUCUGCGGCGGCUAUGCGAUCCAGUGGGAGAAGAAUAAAGGUCGUUGUGGUGUCUGCGGCGAUGCCUAUCACGUCAAGUCGCCGAGACCCCAUGAAGCUGGCGGCGAGUACGCCAAGGGCAUCAUCUCGCGCUACUAUACCGCCGGGCAGGAGAUCGACGUGGAAGUGGAGCUAACGGCCAAUCAUUAUGGUCGCUUCGAGAUUUUCCUUUGUCCCAACAACAAUCCGCGACAGGAGGCCACCCAGGCCUGUUUAGAUCGAUAUCCUCUGCGGAUUUCUGGCAGCCGGGAGCAUCGGUACCUUAUUCCGCGCGAUGCCAAGAAGAAGGACAUAUUCCGGUAUCGGGUGCGACUGCCUCCAUAUGUCACCUGCACGCAGUGCGUCCUGCAGUGGACCUACUACACCGCCAACAUGUGGGGCACUUGCGCCAAUGGAACCGAAGCCGUGGGCUGCGGCAAGGCAGAAACCUUCCGGAAUUGUGCAGAUAUAGCGAUUGUCUCAAACACCGGAGGUGGUAUUCCUCCAAUCUUUGCCAACAACAAGUCGCCGUAUCUGCUCUAUUACAGGGAUUACCGGGCUCCGCCGAACAACAACAUCUUUCCACUUAUUGUGCGUGACCAGAAGUGCAUAGGUGCCCCAGCCUUCCGAUCCUUGCCCGGCAUCGACAACUGGUGCGAGAUCAACUGCCUGCGCUACCCUCCCAAUUGCCCCGAGGACGCCUGCCAGUGUCCUCAGGAGUGCUACGCCAUUGGCGAGUAUGCUGGCCAGGAGGGAGCCGACACCUACUGCAUGGACAAGUGCCUCAACUACGAAUCGGUGUGUCCGAGCGACCGGUGCCGCUGCUACUAGUCCGGCUCGGGGAUCCCUCAGGACUGCGAGCCACAGCUGUGCUGCCCACUCAUUGCCCACCAGGAGAAUGACAAUAACGAUGAGAUACCGAUGCGACAGUUCUAAUGAAUUGAAUUUAAUCGACAACAUA